AUGAAAAAACAUUUUAUUACUUAACUUAUUGUUUAUGGGUUUUUUAUUGCUAUUUUGACGAUGAGUUCAAUUGAAAUAGUGCUAAGCAAUAAUUUCAUCAGCACAUUUAACAAUUAUUUGAUGUAUAAAAAGAUCAUAUUAUUUAAGUUGACUGGAGAUGAAACAAUAGUUAAACCUUUAAUUAAUGUUGGAAUUCUAUUUAAUUGGGUUUUUAUUUGUUUGACUGUAUUGGAUUUGCUACUUUAUGCCUUUUAAAAUCACAUGAGUAAAAAAUAUAAUCCUUUUGUUACUAUAUUUUCUACAAUAUAGUUUAUAGCUUUUACUGUAAAAAUUGUUUUGUAUGCUGCUUGGGCUAGCUAAAAUAGUAGUUAAUACACUCCUUAUACACAAAAUUAAACUUUUUGCAAAUAAUUAAAUAUAAUAGUUAACAAGCAAGCUUAAUAAACAAUGUGCAGCUUUGCUGAUGAGUGGAUUUAUUUUAUUUAGUUGAUAUUUCCUUACACUUUAGGUUUCAUUUUGAUAUAUUGUUUAUUCUUAUCUAUCCUUUUCAAGUCUCAAAAGUAUGCACAAGAAAGUCUUAUUAAAAAAAAUGAAAUUCAUGAUUUCAACAAUUAAGGAUCAUUUAAUAUGUCAGAAAAGUUUUUAGUAUCCCCAUAAGCGAGAUCUUAUUCGAAUUGA